UUUGUUUUUGUUUUAAAUUUCAGGACAUAGCACUGUGCCUGAUGCAGAGUAGGCAAUUAGAAGCAAUGAAAAGUAUUAACUAUGUAUGGAUAUAGGAAAGAACCAGAAAGUACUGAGAGGGAAGAAAACACUGGUUCUGCUAGGCUGACAUUUUAGCCCUUGCUUUCAUUAUUUUCAUGUGGUUUCAGUCCCAAGUUAAAAACUGCUUCCAUGCAUCUGUGUAACCACCUGUUCCACUUCCUGUUUUCUCCUUGGUUGAAAGAAGGGACUGGAGUGAGACCGCCUUAGAAUGCCAGUUCCACCACUACCUGGUUGUUCACUUUAGGCAAGUUUUUUUAACCUUUCCAAGGCUGUUACCUCACUGCAGAAUAAGCAUAACAGUCAUCCCUACCUCACAGAGCUGUUAUGAGAAUGAAAUACUCAUGUGCUCAAUAAAUGUCAGCUGUAGUAGUCAUUUCUACAGAAAUUCUGCUGAGGACUUUGACGCCCUUUCUAGCCGUCUCCCAGUUUCGCACUGUUCUCUCUCCCACGUGCUGCAGUCCACCUCUCACCAGACACAAACUCUGUCUUUACGUCCACACCUCCUGAACCCUGACUUCGGUAUAGUUUUAAAAUGAUACACAUUCGUUGCUGAAAAUUAGAUUAAACGGAGGAAAAAAAAUUAACUCACUGGAAAUCUCAGCAGUUAACCACUAACAUUUUAGUAUGUAUUUGUUUAGACCUUUUCUUAUGCAAAUACACACGUUUAAACUUUUUUUUUCCCGAAAGUUCACAUCAUACAAAUUUUAUUUUGACUCGUCCUUGCACUUAGCACGGUCCCUCCCCCAACGCUAUCUCUGAUGCCUUGAGAACCCCCCCCCCGCCCCGCUGCAGACCCCCACCACUUCCAGCUCCCAGCGGUCGGGCCUUCCCGCAGUCCCGGUUCCGGCCCCACCUGCGGGACGCCGGCCGCCCCGCCCCGCCGCGGCCGGCCUCGAUCCCUGGCCCCGCACCCCGCUGCUACCGGGCGCCGUUCGCUCGCGGCUCCUCAGUGCGGCCCGCUUCCGGUGGGGCCAGGGCGUCUCCGACGCGGCUCGGCUCCCGCGCGCUCAGCACCGCCGGCGGCGGCCAGAUGCAGGCGGAGCGAGGAGCUCGGGGAGGCCGUGGGCGGCGGCCGGGUCGCGGCCGGCCUGGCGGAGAUCGCCACAGCGAGCGGCCCGGAGCCGCAGCGGCGGUAGCCAGAGGCGGCGGUGGGGACGGAGGCGGACGCCGGGGCCGUGGCCGGGGCUUCCGCGGCGCUCGCGGAGGCCGAGGAGGAGGAGGCGCCCCGCGAGGCAGCCGCCGGGAGCCGGGAGGCCGGGGCGCAGGGGCCUGCGCGCCGGUUGAAGAUGACAGCGAUGCAGAGACCUAUGGAGAAGAGAAUGAUGAACAGGGAAAUUAUUCUAAAAGAAAGAUUGUCUCUAACUGGGAUCGAUAUCAAGAUAUUGAAAAAGAGGUCAAUAAUGAAAGUGGAGAGUCACAGAGGGGAACAGAUUUCAGUGUCCUCCUUAGCUCUGCAGGGGACUCCUUCUCACAGUUCCGGUUUGCUGAGGAGAAAGAAUGGGAUAGUGAAGCUUCUUGUCCAAAACAGAAUUCAGCAUUUUACGUGGAUAGUGAGUUAUUGGUUCGAGCCCUUCAAGAGCUGCCUCUCUCCCUCCGACUCAACGUUGCUGCUGAACUGGUCCAGGCUACAGUUCCUUUAGAGCUUCCUCAGGUGAAACCAAAGAGAACUGAUGAUGGCAAGGGAUUAGGGAUGCAGUUAAAGGGGCCCUUGGGGCCUGGAGGAAGGGGGCCCAUCUUUGAGCUGAAAUCUGUGGCUGCUGGCUGCCCUGUGUUGCUGGGCAAAGACAACCCAAGCCCGGGUCCUUCAAGGGAUUCUCAGAAACCCACUUCCCCACUGCAGUUAGCAGGAGACCAUCUGGAAGAAGAACUAGAUCUGUUGCUUAAUUUAGAUGCACCUAUAAAAGAGGGAGAUAACAUCUUACCAGAUCAGACGUCUCAGGACCUGAAAUCCCAGGAAGAUGGGGAGGUGGUCCAAGAGGAAGAAGUUUGUGCAAAACCAUCGGUGACUGAAGAAAAGAACAUGGAACCUGAGCAACCAUGUACCUCCAAAAAUGUUACCGAGGAAGAACUGGAAGACUGGCUGGACAGCAUGAUUUCCUAAAAAGGGGAAAAAAAGUGCCUGAAGCAAAUCUCGGUUGCCUUCUAAGGGCAGGUGGGCAUAAGGCUGUCUGUCCUUCAGGAUCAGCCAGUUUACAAGCAUGCCCCAAGCUAGUGUGUUCCAUUAUGCUCACAGCAGUAAAUGCCUACCUCUGUGUUUGACAUCUGAAAGAAUACAUUGAAGCAGCUUGUUGCAUUUGUUUUUCUGGCUUAGUAAUCUAAUAGAUUUCCUUAAGGGCAGGAGAUAGACUCUGGCCCUUGUUUCUAGCCUCCUUCCUUGCAGUGUUUACAGCAUAGCCAGUGUUUACAGCAUAGCAGGUGCUGCUGCUGAUUAAGAGAAUAGAUGCAAACAAGGCAUGCAUUUGGCCAAAAUAAAAUGCUGGUCUGUCCA